CACAGCCCGGCCCGCAGCGGCAGCGUCAGCGCCGGAGGGCGGGGCCGCGCGGGGACACGGCGCCGGAGCUGCGCCCGCGGCCUCGGCCGCCCGGUCACCGCCUCCCCGCGCUCGCUUCCCUUGCCGCGGCGUCCCCGCGAAGAUGGCCACCGACGGGCUGCACGAGAACGAGACGCUGGCGUCGCUGAAGAGCGAGGCCGAGAGCCUCAAGGGCAAACUGGAGGAGGAGCGGGCCAAGCUGCACGACGUGGAGCUGCACCAGGUGGCGGAGCGGGUGGAGGCCCUGGGGCAGUUUGUCAUGAAGACCAGAAGGACCCUCAAAGGCCAUGGGAAUAAAGUUCUCUGCAUGGACUGGUGCAAAGACAAGAGGAGGAUCGUGAGCUCAUCGCAGGACGGGAAGGUGAUCGUGUGGGAUUCCUUCACUACCAACAAGGAGCACGCGGUCACUAUGCCCUGCACGUGGGUGAUGGCGUGUGCGUACGCCCCAUCAGGAUGUGCCAUUGCGUGUGGUGGUUUGGAUAAUAAGUGUUCUGUGUAUCCACUGACGUUUGACAAAAAUGAAAACAUGGCUGCCAAAAAGAAGUCUGUUGCUAUGCAUACCAACUACCUUUCGGCCUGCAGCUUCACCAACUCUGACAUGCAGAUCCUGACGGCGAGCGGCGAUGGGACGUGUGCCCUGUGGGACGUGGAGAGCGGGCAGCUGCUUCAGAGCUUCCACGGACAUGGGGCCGACGUGCUCUGCUUGGACCUGGCCCCCUCGGAAACGGGAAACACCUUCGUGUCUGGGGGAUGUGACAAGAAAGCCAUGGUGUGGGACAUGCGCUCUGGCCAGUGCGUGCAGGCCUUUGAAACACACGAGUCUGACAUCAACAGUGUCCGAUACUACCCGAGUGGAGAUGCCUUUGCCUCAGGAUCAGAUGAUGCUACGUGUCGCCUCUACGACCUCCGCGCAGACAGGGAGGUCGCCAUCUAUUCCAAAGAGAGUAUCAUAUUUGGAGCCUCCAGCGUGGACUUCUCCCUCAGUGGGCGCCUGCUAUUUGCUGGAUACAACGAUUAUACCAUCAACGUCUGGGAUGUUCUCAAGGGAUCCCGAGUCUCCAUCCUGUUUGGUCAUGAAAACCGCGUUAGUACUCUCCGAGUUUCCCCUGAUGGGACUGCGUUUUGCUCAGGAUCGUGGGAUCAUACCCUAAGAGUCUGGGCUUGAUCGUCUUCUCAGAAAGUACACAUAGGUACCUGAGGAUAGAAUCUGAAAUCGUCCCAUGUAACUAGAACUUACUUCUAGAGGAUCUGAGGGUUUACUGCAACUUAGCUUAGAGGAGAAACUCAAGGCUGCAGGUUCACUUGGCGUCUCCAUAUUACUAUUACAGCUACCGCCCCUAGAAAGGGUCCAGGGGGAGCCUUCAGCACCAGAACACCUGCAAGUACAGUGUUUGUCAUUUUGAACACUUUUUAAAAUUUAUCCGUUUUUAAGGUUAUUCUAAAUUAUACUAGUCUCAGUUCAUACUGUUACCAAUAGAAUUCAGCGUUUAAUACAUCCCCUAUUAUUUCCUUGAAUCAAAUUUGUUUUCAGAGCACUUUAAAAUCUGCUUUUUCUAAGUGCGCACUGUGCUUGCUUCGGCAGCGCAUACUCUAAGUGCUCACUGUGACUUCUGGAACCUUCCUCUAGAAUUGCUGAUCUUAAUGGACUGUAUGAGGAGGGCUGUGUUAAUUGGGUUCUGAUAGUAGAAAAUUCCAAUUCCAAAUGCAAUUGGACAAAAUCACUUUUUAAAAAAUGUGUUUUUAUUGUGAAAGUAUCUUUUUUCAGUCUUACAUUCAACUGUCAUUUUUCAGAUAAAAUAUUUUCAUCUAUGUGACCUUUUAUAAAUGAAGCAGAGAUACGCGUAAGAUGCACGGGAUGUUUGGUUUAUGAAUUAUGUGAUGAUGUGAGGUAUCGCUGUUUCACUGGAACAGGAUAUUUUCUUUCAUUUGAGGGAAAAGCUGAAUGCUGUUUGUGACGCAAAUGCUUCUCAGAGCAACCAAAACUGUUCUGUGUGGGAACACAGACAGUAGCUUUAUUUAAAAACCUAUUAUUAGCAGUAGACGUAUUAGGAUUGGUAGUAUCCACUCAGGCUAAAGUGGAUCUCGUCCAUAUAAAGUAUACUCAUAUUUAUUGCAUUGCUAAUGUGAUUACAUACACAAAUUAACUGAUAGGUCUCAAAAUGAUAAUGUCUUUGCUUCUCUUAUAUUGAGAAAAAAAUAACAUAAAAAAUAUCUUGUCUCUAUUUGAAAUUCAGCAGUUCCUUCUGGAAGAUACCAAAUGCUUUUGUUACAGGGUCUCUUCAUUUUUUUGUUUUUUUGUUUAAGGUGUCGAGGCUUAUUCUUUGUUUUAGAAAACUCCUCAUUUAUCAUGAUGGCAUGCAUUACUUAGGGGAAUAAAAGGUCACCUGAGACACCAAAAAUCAUUCCUGGGAGAGGCUAGCCCUGUGGGUGGCCUAGGGUCUGACAGGCCAGGUCCUUGUAGUGCCCGAGGGCUGUGUGUGCUCAGUCCCCUGGAUCGUCCGGUCUCCUCUCUCAGCCCUGCUCCAGCCUGCCCCUUCUCCUGGUGGCAGUUCUGGCUUUGCGGGCCCAGCCUGAGGCCCCGCUGCUCGGAGAGGCCCUUCCAGCGCUGGAGCCUGGCACAGCCAUGGGACAGGCCUGCACCUGGCGCUCCUGUAAACAUCAGUGGCUGUACGAGGCCCACCCUCAAAACUACUUUUCAGGUAUCAUAAUGGACCAGUCAGUCAAAAUUCAGCCUGGCCAGUUUUUCCAUCAAUUCUUUUUAAAUAAACAUAAUGGUUAUAUUCA